GUUAGUAUAAACUCUCCCAAAUGUAAAGAUCGAGCUCAAGGAGAGACCGAGGGGGGGAUUUGACGACAAUUUUUCUCAGAGAAGCGAAGAAGCUUCCAUUGCCAGAUCCCUUCCGCCCCCGCCCCCGCCCCCGCCCCCGCCCCGCUAUUCCAUUCGGACCGACCGUUUCCUCCAACGCUUCCUCCUCCUCGGAGCGACCCACCCGCCGCGCUCGGCCGACAUGUGGGCCCCGGCGACCUCGCCGGCGGGCAGGGCGCUCCGACCGCCGCCGCGGUUGCCGGCAGUGGUACGGGUCGUCGUCCCGCUGCCUGCCACGGGGAGGGCGCGGCGGCUGCCGCUGCCGCCCAGCCGGCCCUGCCUAGCCGCGCCGCGUGCGUCGGAGAUGGCGGCCGCGGCCGAGGAGGGGGAGGGGGAGAGGAGGUGGUGGAGGGGGGCGGAGGAGAUGGACGCGGCUGUGAGGCGCGAGCUGGCGAUCCGGAGGCUGCAGGAGGAAGCGGAGGAGGCGGGGACGGGGAGGAGUAGGCGGGAGUUCGCCGUGUUCGAGACGGCCAGGGGAGACACGCUCUUCACCCAGUCGUGGACCCCCGCCGCCGCCGGCCCCGUCAGGGGUAUUGUUGUUCUACUACAUGGUCUAAAUGAGCAUAGUGGAAGAUACGACCAUUUUGCAAAGUUGUUGAAUGACCAAGGUCUUAAAGUUUAUGCGAUGGACUGGAUAGGACAUGGCGGAAGUGAUGGCGCGCAUGGUUAUGUUUCAUCGCUUGAUCAUGCUGUUGGUGAUUUGAAAGAAUUUUUAGAGGAUGUUGUGUUAGAAGAAAACUAUGGUUUGCCAUGCUUCUUAUUUGGCCACUCCACAGGUGGAGCUAUUGUUUUGAAGGCAGCACUAGAUCCUUGUGUGGAAGUUCAUAUUGAAGGUUUGAUCUUGACCUCGCCAGCUAUUCACGUUCAGCCAUCUCAUCCGAUUAUCAAAGUUGUUGCACCAAUCUUCUCGGUGUUGGCUCCGAAAUAUCGGGUUAGUGCUUUGCAUAGGAGAGGACCUCCUGUUUCCCGUGAUCCAGAGGCUUUGAAGAUCAAGUAUGCAGAUCCACUUGUGUAUACUGGACCGAUCAGAGUUAGAACAGGAAACGAAAUCCUCCGGAUAUCAUCAUACUUGCAGAGAAACUUAAGUAGAGUUACAGUCCCUUUUCUAGUUCUUCAUGGAACAGCUGACACGAUAACCGACCCAAGAGCAUCCCAACGACUUUACCAAGCAUCAAUGUCGACUCAUAAGUCGAUAAAGCUAUAUGACGGAUAUUUACAUGACCUUCUCUUCGAGCCUGAAAGGGAUGAUAUAGCCAAUGACAUCAUCACUUGGUUGAGCUCAAGACUUAAUGUUCUCCACAGAUGGUAAGGUGAAUCAGCUACGAGGUGCUUUCACUUGUAACAUGGUAUAUAUGAAAAGAUAAUUGUAACACACGAUGUUUUAGCAUCUGCCGCUGUCUUCAUAGAUGUUUUGUCUAGUUAUUUAAUAAAGGGUAUGAAAGGUGCUUACUUGA